AUGGACGACAGGUGGAGUGGUGACAGAGGCGCCUGCAGCAGAGGUUUCAGGUUCGAGCAGGAAGAGCUGGGAUCCCCCCGCGGCCAACAGCUCAGGGCCUUGAGUAAACACUGCAGCGAUCUUUGGACCUGGAUGAUGGACUCUGAGGCUAGUGACUUGCUGAACGACCUGCAGGUGAAGCUGAACAACGUGCUGGAUGAGCUCAGCAGAACAUUCGGGAACAGUUUCCAGAGCUGCAUCAACGAUUGCAUGCGACAGAUGGCGUCCCUGCUGUACCAGAUCAAAGGGCCGCUCAAUGACAACAACAAAAACCAGGUGGACGCCGACUCUGACAACAUGCUGCGGCCACUCAUGGACUUCCUGGAUGGAAAGCUCACACUGUUUGCCACUGCUUGUGAGAAGACCGUUUUGAAGCGUGUGCUGAAGGAGCUGUGGAGGAUCGUAAUGAGCAGCCUGGAGAAGACUAUAGUCCUGCCACAGGGGAACGACACCUUUGGAGCACAGAUUCUCUCAGCUGCCAAAGAACUGGGUCAGCUCUCCAAACUCAAGGAUCACAUGGCGGGGGAGGCUAAAAGCCUGUCUCCCAGGCAGUGUGCUGUCAUGGAUGUGGCACUGGACACAAUCAAGCAAUACUUCCACGCAGGAGGCAACGGGCUGAAGAAGGCGUUCCUGGAGAAAAGUCCCGAGCUAUCGUCGCUACGCCACGCGCUGUCCCUCUACACUCAGUCAACAGACACACUCAUCAAGACCUUUGUGACCACCCAGCAAGCACAAGUGCACAAUGGGAAGGGUAUGAGGUUGACUCCCAAUGAGAAAGCACAGCCCAGCAGGGCUCCAGGUGUGGACAAGCCAAUCGGUGAGGUGACAGUGCAGACUGAGCUGCACACGAAUCCUGGGAACAAGGAGCGGAAAGUUUCCGUCAAAGUCAUAGGAGCCAACGAUAUAAAAUGGCAGACGUCGGGCAUGUUCCGACCCUUCGUGGAGGUCACCAUGAUCGGGCCUAACCUCAGCGACAAGAAACGCAAAUUCCAGACCAAAUCCAAGAACAACAGCUGGUCUCCAAAGUUCAACGAGACUUUCCAAUUUGUUCUGGGUAACCAGGAGGGCUUUGAGUGUUACGAGCUGCAACUCUGCGUCAAAGACUACUGCUUCGGCCGCGCAGACAGAGUGGUCGGCAUGGCUGUCAUUCAGCUCAAAGACAUCACGGGGAAGGGCAGCUGCGUGUGCUGGUGCUAUCUGGGCCAACGCAUCCAGAUGGACGACACGGGCCUCACCGCCAUGCGCAUCCUCUCCCAGCGCUCCAGCGACGACGUGGCCAAGGAGUUCGUGAAGCUGAAAUCAGAAACUCGAUCGGCCGAGGAGGGCAGAUGAGAGGAGCUGGAGAGACAAAGACGGAAUUCGAAGGUCUUCUGAUUUCACAAAGUUCUAAAAAAAACAAAAAAAAAACGUGGUCAUUUACUUUUUUGACAACAACUUUUACUUGACGUGUCUUAGCUGCUGUUGACUGUUUGAUGGCGCCUUAUCAAAGUCACCGACACACUGUCACGUUCACACUCUGGGUGUUUUGGACUCCUUGUUCUUCAAUCACUCCUGUUAUUAUUUACCGAGCUACUGUACGGCACACAAGUCACUCAACCUUCACACUAACCAGCUGUUUCACUAGGCACUAGACCACUUACUCUGUAAUUUAACCUUCUUUAACCUCUCUCCUCAUCAGCCGGAGUGGCAAAGUGCGCACGCCACAGCCUCAAGGGAGCAUCGGGUGCCAGGCCCGGCUGGAGGGCCAACAUGUUCCCACAAUUCCCCCAGUGUUGUUGUGCAAUAACCCCCCCACCACCACCACCACCACCAACCACCACCUAAACCCCUUCAAACCUAGGCCAUGUGUUCGAUGCCUUACACUCUGCCAACUGUGAAUGUGUGAAGUCAACAAAAAAGUCUCUCUGUGUAGCUCCACUGUGAUGGUUUGAGUAAAUUCAGGCUUCUUUUUUUUUGGAACGAAUGAAUGGCUUGUAGCUAGGAUACGGUCGUAUAUCUUAAUAGGUCAAUUAUUGAUUAGAGCGGAAGUGAUGAAAUAUGUACUGGUUUCAUAUCUUGGACAGCUACAGUCAAGAGAAGGUACUUAAAAGUGAUAUUGUAUUCCCUGAAUUUAAAGGAUUUACCAGAUAAAAGUGUGCCUUGCCAUUUUCAACUCUCAUUCCUGUGUCCCCCCAGGAAAAUAAUAAUGAUCCAAUACGUAUAUAAUCAACAACAAUAUGAUUUCAAUAACUAAAAAUGCGAAAAAGUGAACCCUGCUAAGGCCAGAUUUGUUCCUCACAAAAAUCUCCAUUUACAACUCUAGAGUAACCAUGAGGGUGCAGCCAUUUUAUUUAUUUUUUAUACAUAUUUAUUUUUUGUCUGUGCUUUUCCAAAGCCCUAGAUUGAAAUUGUUGUUUACCGUUUUUUUUUAUUUUUUUAUUUGCACAGAGUGGUACGUCUGAACGAGUUGCAUAGAUCUGCAGCUCAACAAGAUGAGUUACACGCCCUCAGAAUAAAGUGUUUUAUUAAUAACGAAAUGUUGGGGACUGACAAAAGCGAUAAUGAAGUCUUUUGUUCAUUUAUAAUUGAGGAAAAAAACAUGUCAAACUUUCAGGUUAAGUUUUCUUCCACCAUAUCUGAACAUUUGAACACGAGCGUAGAUUUAUUUGUGGUUUACAACUCUCUUCCUGCUCUGUCUGAGUGGCCUUACUUUGGUGAAAUGUGUAUCUUUUUAAACUUUCUUUUUGAAUCCUUGUAUUUCAUUUGGCCAAGUCUUUGCCCAUUAGGAUGUUUAUUACAUUUUCCAAGUGAUUUACCUUAUCUUUUUUUAUCUUUGAUAUUUCUAACUCUAUCUCUUAGUUUUAUUUUGUAUUAAGUUUCCUUUUUAAAGAUGUCAAUCACAUUCUGUUUCAUGGAGUAAUAUGAAGUGAGAUCCAGUGAAUGUGUAUAACAGAUGAAAGGAUGUUAUAAUGUUACUUUUAAUGAAUAUAUAAUAUGAGAACCUCAAUGUGUGCAUAUUUUUAAACCGACUUGUCUUUGUUACAGUACGUUAUACUUUGUGAAUACGAAAUGGUUCAUAGCCUCUUUUAAUAUACAUGUUCCUCGUGCCAAGUUACAAGUGUUCACUUUUGAUCUUUCUUUCUUUGAGAAUGUGUUAACCCUUGCACUAUCACUGCAAUAGUUAACAAGUGUAUCAGUCACAGUAACUGCCAUUUUGUGGUGUUUUCUUUGUAUUGUCACCUUGUCAACAUUCCAAUAAUGACUUUUGUAUAAAGUAUUUGAGACGUAUCUA